UGCCUUUAACUUCAGUUGGUCUUUGACGCAUUGAAGACGUUUAAUUACAUAUACAGUACCUUCCAGUUCAUUGUUGUAAGUAGCGUGUGAUGUCACACACCCACAGACUGAGACACUGGUUUGAGUUCAUAAAAAUCUUUAAAGACGCCGUUGUUGUUUGCCUGUGUUCCAACAGGUUUUCUGAACUUUUCAACCGUCUCUCAGCAGCAUCCUGUUUGACUGGAUGAUCUCCUGAUGGAACCCCCUUCAUAUGAGGAGGCCAGUCUCCACCCUCCUGUCCUGACUGCAGAAGGAUUCAACUCCCCCCCUCCCCCGUCAUACUAUGCCACAAUCAGCUCUCCUUCCACACCUCCUCCCACCUACGGAGAAGCAGUUACAGCUCAGACAGAUCCAUUUCCUGUCCUGUCCCGACCGUCUGCCCGAAACAAUGAAGACAUAAUCCAUUCACACACACAAGUAGGUACAUCGUCGGCCCGUGGCAGCCGACCAGCGGUGAUAGUGACGCAGCCGGUGCCUGUUCCCAUCAUGUUGUCGUACCUGACGGACCAACCUGGGCUGGUGCGCUGCCAGUACUGCCACAAAGUCGUCACCACACAAGUCACGUACCUGCCGGGGAAAGGUGCCUGGUGCAUGUGCGCCAUUCUGUCACUGAUGGGGCUCAUCUGCGGCUUCUGUCUCAUCCCCCUGAUGAUACGUGGAUUACAAGACGCCUAUCACGCGUGUCCAGAGUGUGGGAACAACCUGCAUGUUUUCAAAAGAUGACGCUGACUGAAUUCAGAAGGCUCCUCCGGUCCGUCGCCUUGAAGAGACAGAACUGUGGUGACAUAUUUGACUGAGACAUAUUGGACGUACUAAUGGACUGACGGACAGAGGAGUGAUGGACUGCACGGCGAGAGCAGCUGGAGAUGUUUGCUGCUAAAACUUUGUUAAAUAUUUGAAAUAUUUGAAACCAGAACUUAACCUUUCAUCCCAGGACAGACACACCAGCCGGGGUGUGGGUUUGAAAGUGAAGACCGAUGUUGUCACAGAAACUGAAACUCACCUUUGACCUUUGGAAAAGAAUGAGGAAAAAGGUGACCGAGUGGAGUGGACAGCUGUGAAAGACAAAGAAAGGAGUGCCGUUGUUUGAACCCGAACAACAUCUGACUUAGUUGAUCAGAAAAGAAAGCUGUGGAUUAGUUGUGCAAACGUUUUCACAGCAGUUUAUAUGACAGAACUACAUUUAUUAGAAAAAAAUGUAUCUGUAAGGUUAGGUAAAAUGCCCUCAAUCCUACACAGAAGUCCACUGACAAACUAUUCAUGCGAUGAUUUUCAUCAUACUGGGGGCCACUGUUGCCCCUGCCAUCUCAGUGAAGUGCCAAAAACUAACAGCAGGGGUCAGGGGUUUACAUUUUAUUGAUAUCUCCCCCCAGUAUAUUAUUAAAGAAAGACAUCGUUGUCAUGAAAUAUAUGGCAGUGAAAUAGUCGUCCUUCACCACAGAGAAUGUAGCCUGGAUGGGACAAACCUGUUUGGUUGAUUGAUAUGUUUGUCAAAGAAAACAAAAGCUGACAGCUGAGCUUCGUUAACCUGUUUAACCUGUGACUGAGCGGUAAGACCGAGGUUUAAAAUGAACUUUUUUUUUUCAUAAGUUGUAAUUUUAAAAUCAGGUUUUUUCGUCAUGAAUAAAUGAAUGUAUAUAGAGUCUGGUUAGAGAAGUGUUUGACUAACUAAAUGUUUUGAAAUCAGAUGUUUUCUCUCCAGGUGUCGACCUAAGGUCUGUACGUGUUCUUUUUUUCUCACUGGAUAAGUCCAGACAAAGACUCAUGUUCUGAUCUUUUGAUUGUGUUUACUCUUUUCUUCUUCUUUACUUUGUAGAUUACUUUGCAGUUUGAGCAGUUGUUCCCUGUGAUUUGUCACAGUCGUCUGUCACCGUCCAGAUGUCCCUCAGGCUGUGAAAACAAACCCUGUAGAGGAGGUCCAUAGUUCAAGUUCACUGUCAGGCCACUGCACUAAUAUUAUACUGAUAAGUUUUUAUUGACCAAUAACUCUGUUAAUGGACUAACUACCACAGGUUUAAUGACACCUCUCUGGUCUCAGUCCCUGCCACUGUGAACAUCUGGGCCACGCAUACAGCCCAAGUAAAAUUGUGGGUCACAUACUGUAUAUGGUAGAGAACAUCAGGCCCAGAUGAUCUACUGUUGCGAGACUCUACGAGUUUCAAGUUCUGUUUUAACCUUGUUGAUUGUAACAGGGUUUGAAAGAGAAAAUGUAGAUACUACAAAUACUACUACAGAUACGGAAGUUAAUCAGCUACAGAACAGUGGGUUGAGGCGGCAGAUAACGAAGGCUGAGACGGCUUCGGCCGCACACACGGAGGAGGAGAGAGAGGGGAGAGAAAAAAAAAAUUAUCAUUUUUUUUAAAUUUCCCAGUAACGACAACAAGUCUGAGAACGCUGCCCGUCUAAGACUACGCCACACCUCCGUUUGUCUCAACAUUUGAUUAGAAUGCAUUCUAAAAUGCGCCACUCCCGUUUAAUUAGUGGAGUUAUGUCACACUUUCACCGCUCCCUACGGUCUGCCAGCCUCAUUCCAUUGUCCAGGUUGUCAGAUUGAAGG